GCUGCACGCGGGGGGCAAAAAACACACAAAAAAAACUUUCAGGCGUUCUUCCCUCCCCCCCACCCCCAAAACGGAACCUCCCGCUUGGUUUCCAUCCAGUUCAGGUCGGCAUAGCGCCAGUCUGGUGGCGGAGAACCGAAGAAGACAUCUCUCUCCAUGCCUGGAUCAGCCGCCGGGCAUUAGAAAGGCGCGUCCGCCUGCCCUUUGGCCCCGAUCGUCCCGGGAGCGGAGAGCUCGGCUGGACCAUUGCCCAGGCCCUGCCACUGAGCGAAGAAAAGGACGAGUUGCGCAAGUCCGAGUUGCUGCACUGCCUUUCAAGGUGCUUUAAGAACUGGACCUGAAGAUCCAGGCUAGAGUGUCUGUUCUGCAUUUCUGGAAGUGAACGAACUAUGGCUAGUGAAGAAAGGCAGAGCUCUUCCUCUCCGUCAACAGGGGAUGAUAAAGGAGGAGGCAGCAGCGGAGAUGGUGGUGGUACUGGACAAGGAAAAGAUGGAAGCUCAGCUGAAAAGCAGUCUUUGAAUCCAGGCAUCCCUAUCCGGGGUAUCAGGAUGAAAUUUGCUGUUCUGACAGGAUUGGUGGAAGUUGGGGAAGUAUCCAACAGGGAUAUUGUAGAAACUGUGUUCAAUCUGCUUGUAGGUGGUCAUUUUGAUCUGGAAAUGAAUUUUAUUAUACAAGAAGGAGAAGGUAUUACAUGCAUGUUGGACUUGCUGGAUAAGUGUGACGUCACUUGCCAGGCAGAGAUAUGGAGCAUGUUUACAGCCAUCCUGAAAAAAAGUAUCCGAAAUCUGCAGAUUUGCACAGAAGUAGGACUCAUUGAGCGUGUGCUUCAGAGGAUUGAUAGAGCUGACAAUAUGAUUGCAGAUCUUUUAGUAGAUAUGCUUGGAGUAUUAGCAAGCUACAGUGUGACAGUUCGGGAAUUAAAGCUAUACUUUAGCAAACUUCAAGGAGACAGAGGAAAAUGGCCUCUGUUCGCUGGAAAGCUGUUGUCUGUGUUAAAAUAUAUGCCCCAGAAAUAUGGGCCUGAUGCCUUCUUCAAUUUCCCAGGAAAAAGUGCUGCAGCUAUUGCCUUACCUCCUAUAGCAAAGUGGCCAUACCAGAAUGGAUUUACCUUUCAUACUUGGUUAAGAAUGGAUCCUGUAAAUAAUAUCAAUGUAGACAAAGAUAAGCCUUACUUAUAUUGUUUUAGAACAAGUAAAGGGCUUGGCUACUCUGCUCAUUUUGUGGGAGGCUGUUUGGUUGUGACAUCAAUUAAGUCAAAAGGAAAAGGUUUCCAGCACUGUGUGAAAUUUGAUUUCAAGCCGCAAAAGUGGUACAUGGUUACUAUUGUUCAUAUCUAUAAUCGUUGGAAGAACAGUGAACUCAGAUGUUAUGUGAAUGGAGAACUAGCAUCAUAUGGAGAGAUAACAUGGUUUGUCAAUGCCAGUGAUACAUUUGACAAAUGUUUCCUGGGCUCUUCAGAAACAGCAGAUGCCAAUCGAGUGUUUUGUGGACAGAUGACAGCUGCUUAUCUUUUCAGUGAAGCUCUCAAUGCUGCUCAGAUCUUUGCGAUUUAUCAACUUGGUCUGGGAUACAAAGGAACUUUUAAGUUCAAGGGAGAAAGUGAUCUGUUCCUAGCUGAUCAUCAUAAACAGUUAUUAUAUGAUGGGAAACUAUCUAAUGCUAUUGCCUUUACAUACAACCCAAGGGCUACAGAUGCACAGCUCUGCCUAGAAUCAUCACCCAAGGACAAUCCUUCUAUCUUUGUACAUUCACCACAUGCCCUCAUGUUACAGGAUGUGAAAGCAGUCAUAACCCAUUCUAUCCAAAGUGCAAUGCAUUCUAUUGGAGGAGUCCAGGUGUUAUUUCCUCUCUUUGCACAGUUGGACUAUAGGCAAUAUUCCUUGGAUCAGCCUGACACAACUCUUUGUUCUAUUUUACUGGCUUUCAUUAUGGAGUUGCUGAAGAACUCAGUUGCUAUGCAAGAACAAAUGCUUUCUUGUAAGGGCUUCCUUGUAAUAGGAUACAGUCUUGAAAAGUCUUCCAAAGCACACAUUAACAGAACUGUCUUAGACCUUUGCCUUGCCUUUGCUAAAUAUUUGAGCAAUUUGCAUAAUGGAGCCCCUUUGCUGAAGCAGCUCUGUGAUCAUAUUCUCCUUAACUCUGUAAUAUGGAUUUAUACUCCAGCCAAGGUUCAGUUGAUGUUGUACACUUACUUGUCCACUGAAUUCAUUGGCAUAGCAAAUAUAUAUAAUGCAAUUAGACGAGUUGGCACAGUUCUAUUGGCAAUGCAUACCUUGAAGUAUUACUAUUGGGUGGUUAAUCCUCAAGACCGUAGUGGAAUUACUCCUAAAGGUUUAGAUGGACCUCGACCUAAUCAGAAAGAAAUUCUUUCUCUGCGAGCCUGUUUACUGAUGUUUAUUAAGCAGUUGGUGACAAAGGACUAUGGAGUAAAAGAAGAUGAACUCCAGGGCAUUCUGAAUUAUCUUCUUACCAUUCAUGAGGAUGAAAAUUUAAUGGAUGUUUUGCAAUUGCUUGUUGCUCUCAUGUCUGAGCACCCCAGUUCUAUGAUACCUGCUUUUGAUCAGAGGAAUGGAUUACGUGUUAUCUACAAGCUUCUUGCUUCCAAAAGUGAAGGAAUCAGAGUACAAGCACUGAAGGUGAUGGGCUACUUUUUAAAGCAUCUAGCACCCAAGAGGAAAGCAGAAAUUAUGAUUGGACAUGGACUGUUUUCUCUUCUGACAGAGAGGCUUACGCUUCAAACAAACUUAAUUUCCAUGACUACCUACAAUGUACUUUUUGAGAUACUUAUUGAGCAGAUUUGUACACAAGUGAUGCAUAAACAGCAUCCUGACCCAGAUUCAACAGUGAAAAUACAAAAUCCCCAGGUUCUGAAAGUUAUUGCUGUUUUGCUACGUAAUUCCCCACCGUGCUCAGAAACCAUGGAAGUCCACCGAGUUUUCCUAUCAGACAUGAUUAAGCUUUUUAAUAACAGCAGGGAGAAUAGGAGGAGUUUACUGCAGUGUUCUGUGUGGCAGGAAUGGAUGCUUUCCCUUUGCUAUUUUAAUCCCCAAAGCUCUGAUGAACAGAAGAUAACAGAAAUGGUGUAUGCCAUUUUUCGAAUACUACUUUAUCAUGCAAUCAAGUAUGAAUGGGGUGGCUGGCGUGUUUGGGUGGAUACCCUAGCAAUUACACAUUCAAAGGUAACUUUUGAAAUACAUAAACAGAACCUUUCUCGGAUGUUCAGGGAAUAUGAAGAGAAGGGAGACGAAUGCUGCAGUGCUGGUCCAUCAUCCAUUAUUAGAACAGUUUCAGGUAUUAGUAAAGAUGCCGAAGUUACAGAGAAACUCCAUCUUCUUGAAAAAAAAGAAGCUGACACUUCUAUAGUUGAGACUGACAACAAAAGCAUGAACAACAGCGUUUUACCUGAUUUUGAAGAACACAGUAAUUUAGAAACAAGCAAAGAAAAAAACAAAACAGAAAAUAUUCAGAAAACUCUUGAUUUAAAUGAAACUCCUAGUUUGGAUCUUCCCUUACAAGCCCAAGUGACAAAACAGAACUCAGAACAUACUGCUGAAACUAUUGGAAUAAACCACGAAGAAAAAGAAAUAAGUACCAGUGAUUCACAAUCACCUUUAGAAAAUGUUGAAACACUAGAAAGUCCAGAAAUGUUAGAAAAUGUAACACCAGAAGUAUAUGUGGAGGAAGAUGAAGAUUUUGUUGAUUUAAAAGAGGAGACUAAUCUGGCACUUACACCAGAACAAUGUGUUCCAAAACCCAUUGAGGAACAUGAUUUGUGUGAUAGCCAAGUAACCUCAGUUGUACAGCAGUGCACUGCUUCUUCAAAAGAACCUGUUUCAAUAGAAGUAGUACCUGAAAUUGUUGAAGGAUCAAUUGUUGAAGGAUCAGUGGAAACAGAACAGCAGGAUUGCUUGCCAGAAAUCAGUGGUCCUGAAAUAAACAGAGCUCAGUCAACUUCAAACACUGAGAAUAACAUUGAUGACAAAAAUACUAAUCAACCCCAAACCAAGACAGUUGUAGAUAGCACACAACCACCGACUUCAGAAGCAAUAAUUGCUUCAGAUAAGAAAAUUGCCAGACUUGAUGUUUCCAGCAUUGCAUCAGAUACUGAAAGGUUAGAAUUAAAACCCCAUGCAAAUCCAGAAGUAAAUCAUCCUCCUAGAGCCAUUUCUGAGACAUCUAGGCAGCAUGAUUCAUCAGAUCAAAAUGUAGCAACUCCUGCAGAUGGGCAGAGGAAGGAUUCUAGAUCUACCAUGUUCCGUAUCCCUGAAUUCCGAUGGUCUCAAAUGCAUCAGCGCUUGCUUACAGAUCUUCUCUUUUCUAUAGAAACAGAUGUACAAAUGUGGAGAAGUCAUUCUACCAAGACUGUGAUGGACUUCGUGAACAGCAGUGAUAAUGUCAUCUUUGUACAUAACACAAUUCAUCUUGUCUCUCAAGUGAUGGACAAUAUGAUUAUGGCUUGUGGUGGCAUAUUACCUUUGCUUUCAGCUGCUACAUCUGCUACGCACGAAUUGGAAAGCAUUGAGCCAACUCAAGGAUUAUCAGUGGAAGCUUCCAUAGCAUUCCUUCAAAGGUUAAUUAGCCUUGUGGAUGUAUUGAUCUUUGCAAGUUCCCUUGGAUUUACUGAAAUUGAGUCAGAGAAAAAUAUGUCAUCUGGUGGAAUUUUACGGCAAUGUCUUCGACUUGUAUGUGCCGUAGCUGUCAGAAAUUGUUUGGAGUGUCAGCAACAGCAUAUGUUAAUGAAGCCUAGUGGAGAAAAUGUUAAACAUCAGAAAACAAUACAAAGUCUUAUAGCCUCAGGAAGGACUGGAGCAAAGAGUCCAGUUGAUAUUGUAACUGGAGGGAUUUCUCCAAUAAGAGAUAUUGACAGACUUCUACAGGAUAUGGAUAUUAAUCGGCUCCGUGCAGUGGUAUUCAGAGAUAUAGAGGACAGUAAGCAGGCACAGUUCUUGGCUUUGGCUGUGGUAUAUUUUAUCUCUGUACUCAUGGUAUCAAAAUACAGAGAUAUUUUGGAACCUCAAGAUGAACGGAGGCAAUUUCAACCUUCUCAGUCACCCAAAAUUGUUAAGGAAGAACAAUCUGAAGCUAUUACCACUUUAAGUCAGGAACCUGCUGAGCGGUCAGAAAGUGUGACAUCUCCACAAAGAAGGGAUUCUGGAAUUCAGGAGGAAGCAUGUUCUGGAUCAGGACACAAUUCUGAGAUGGUUACGGAACCAGAAAGACAGAGUAUAAGUACAGGUCCAGAUGCAAUCAGUGAAAUAUUAUGUACUCUUUCCUCAGAAGUUAAUAAAUCUCAAGAAAAUAAAAAUGAAGUACAUAAUGAGGUUGAUGGUAAAACUGCAUCCUCUGUACAAACUGCAAAAAACGUCAAUGUGAAAGACAUCCUAAGAAGUUUGGUCAGUGCUCCUGCAGAUGGGACCACGGUGGACCCUACCAUUCUUCCAUCUGUUUUUCUUGGAGUCCUUGGCGACGGUGCCACUGCACAACCAAUACAAUUCCAAUCUUUUGACAGGAGUGUGGUUGUGGCACCAAGGAAGUCAGUGAGUUCAUCUGCAGUUACAAUUAACGUGCCUACAAAUGCUGUUAGUGUGGUUUCAUCUUUGGAUUCUUCCCAAGCUCCAGAUGUAACUGGAGGCUCUCCAAGCAAUGGAUCAUCAGAUUCAAGAUUACCAUCUGUUCCUACACUUUCUUCUGUGCCUGAGGAUUCUGCUUCAAACAUGAGUAUUUCAGAGAGGCUUGAGCAUGCUUUGGAAAAAGCUGCCCCUCUUCUGAGGGAGAUAUUUGUGGACUUUGCUCCUUUUCUUUCACGUACCCUCUUGGGUAGUCAUGGUCAAGAACUACUGAUAGAAGGUACAAGUCUUGUAUGUAUGAAAUCUAGCAGUUCAGUUGUGGAAUUGGUCAUGCUGCUUUGUUCUCAGGAAUGGCAGAACUCAAUACAGAAGAAUGCAGGCCUAGCUUUCAUUGAACUUGUCAAUGAAGGAAGGUUGCUGAGUCAAACAAUGAAGGAUCAUUUAGUGAGGGUAGCAAAUGAAGCAGAAUUUAUCUUGAGUAGGCAGAGAGCAGAAGACAUUCAUAGGCAUGCUGAAUUUGAGUCAUUGUGUGCCCAGUAUUCUGCAGAAAAACGUGAAGAUGAGAAGAUGUGUGAUCAUUUGAUAAGGGCAGCCAAGUAUCGUGAUCAUGUGACAGCAACUCAGCUGAUACAGAAAAUCAUCAAUAUACUGAUGGACAAGCAUGGAGCCUGGGGCAAUUCUCCGCCAAGUCGUCCUCGUGAGUUCUGGCGCCUUGACUACUGGGAAGAUGACUUGCGGCGCCGGCGACGAUUUGUGCGUAACCCCCUUGGAUCGACACAUCCUGAAGCGACCUUAAAAGCUGCCAUAGACCACGCUCCAGAUGAAGAUAUACUUGUUAAAGGAAAGCAGUCUAUCAAGAAUCAGGCUUUAGGAAAUCAGAAUUCAGAAAGCGAGGUUCUCCUGGAAGUCGAUGAUGAUAAUUUGUCAUCCAUGGAGGAGAAAGAACUUGAGAAUUUAACUGGUCCUGUUAGUCUAUGUACACCAGCUCAGCUCGUGGCCCCUUGUGUAGUAGUGAAAGGCACUCUGUCCAUCACCACCUCUGAAGUGUAUUUUGAGGUAGAUGAAGAAGAGCCCAGUUUUAAGAAAAUGGAUCCCAAGAUACUUGCAUAUACAGAUGGACUGCAUGGGAAAUGGCUGUUUUCAGAGAUUCGAUCAGUAUUUUCUCGACGCUAUCUGUUGCAGAACACAGCAUUGGAAAUCUUUAUGGCUAACAGAGUUGCUGUCAUGUUCAACUUUCCGGAUCCUGCAACUGUAAAAAAAGUAAUCAAUUGUUUACCUCGUGUUGGAAUUGGAACUAGUUUCGGAUUGCCUCAAACCAGACGCAUUUCUAUGGCCACUCCACGUCAAAUCUUUAAAGCUUCAAAUAUGACUCAACGAUGGCAACACAGAGAGAUUUCAAACUUCGAAUAUCUUAUGUUUCUUAAUACCAUUGCAGGGCGUACAUACAACGAUUUAAACCAGUAUCCAGUAUUUCCUUGGGUGAUCACUAACUAUGAAUCAGAAGAGUUGGACCUUACACUUCCAAGUAAUUUCCGAGAUUUGUCAAAGCCUAUUGGUGCUCUUAAUCCCAAACGAGCUGCAUUCUUUGCAGAACGCUACGAAACAUGGGAAGAUGAUCAAGUUCCAAAGUUUCAUUAUGGCACUCAUUAUUCAACAGCCAGUUUUACACUCACUUGGUUGUUAAGAAUUGAGCCUUUUACAACAUUUUUCCUAAACUUGCAAGGUGGGAAGUUUGAUCAUGCAGAUAGAGCUUUCUCAUCAGUUUCAAGGGCAUGGCGCAAUUGUCAACGUGACACAUCUGAUAUCAAGGAGCUUGUUCCUGAAUUUUAUUAUCUACCUGAGAUGUUUGUCAAUUUCAAUAAUUACAAUCUUGGAGUGAUGGAUGAUGGAACAGUGGUGUCUGAUGUUGAACUUCCACCAUGGGCUAAAACCCCAGAAGAAUUUGUUCGCAUAAAUAGACUGGCUUUGGAAAGUGAAUUUGUUUCCUGUCAAUUGCACCAGUGGAUUGAUUUGAUUUUUGGCUAUAAGCAGCAAGGGCCAGAAGCUGUCAGAUCUCUAAAUGUUUUCUACUAUCUGACCUAUGAAGGAGCUGUCAAUCUCAAUUCAAUAAUGGAUCCAAUGCUAAGGGAGGCGGUGGAAGCUCAGAUCCGAAGUUUUGGACAGACUCCUUCCCAAGUGCUUAUAGAACCUCAUCCUCCAAGAAGUUCUGCUAUGCAGUUGUAUCUCCUUCUCCAGAGUCCAUUGAUGUUCACAGACCAAGCUCAACAGGAUGUCAUCAUGGUCCUAAAAUUUCCAUCCAACUCUCCUGUAACACAUGUAGCAGCCAAUACUCAGCCUGGUUUGGCAAAUUCUGCCGUGAUUACUGUUACCGUCAACCGACUAUUUGCUGUGAACAAAUGGCACAAUCUUCCUGCUCAUCAAGGUGCUGUACAAGACCAGCCAUACCAGCUGCCAGUGGAAAUCGAUCCUCUCAUAGCUAGCAAUACAGGUAUGCACAGAAGGCAAAUCACAGAUCUUUUGGACCAAAGCAUUCAAGUCCAUUCCCAGUGCUUUGUUAUCACUUCAGAUAAUCGCUACAUCCUGGUCUGUGGUUUUUGGGAUAAAAGUUUUCGCGUGUAUUCUACUGAUACAGGAAAACUAAUGCAAGUUGUGUUUGGACACUGGGAUGUUGUUACCUGCCUUGGCCGCUCUGAAUCGUAUAUUGGAGGAAACUGCUAUAUUCUAUCAGGGUCUCGCGAUGCCACUCUGCUGCUAUGGUACUGGAAUGGUAAAACCAAUAGCAUUGGUGAUAACACAAAUGGUGAAACUGCUGCUCCUCGGGCAGUCUUGACUGGACAUGAUUAUGAGAUUACCUGUGCAGCAAUUUGUGCUGAACUUGGUGUAGUGAUAAGUGGUUCUAAAGAAGGACCUUGUCUCAUACAUUCUAUGAAUGGGGAUCUACUGAGGACAUUAGAAGCUCCUGAAAACUGUGUGAAAGCAAAACUUAUCCAAGCAUCAAGAGAGGGUCACUGUGUUAUAUAUUAUGACAAUGGUCAUUUCUGUGUAUUCAGUGUGAAUGGAAAACUCCACUCCACUAUGGAAACAGAUGAUAAUAUUAGGGCUAUCCAGCUGAGCCGUGAUGGGCAGUAUCUCCUCACAGGAGGAGACAAUGGAGUUGUUAUGGUAUGGCAAGUGUAUGAUCUCAAGCAGCUUUUUGCCUAUCCUGGUUGUGAUGCUGGAAUCCGAUCCAUGACUCUUUCAUAUGACCAAAGGUGUAUAAUGACAGGCAUGGCUUCUGGCAGCAUAGUGGUUUUCUACAAUGAUUUCAACAGGUGGCAUCAUGAAUACCAAACCAGAUACUGAAAUAUGAAUUAAAGUGAUGUGGCCGUGCAGCUCUUCUCAUAUGGAGCCUUGAAACAUACACAUCUCUCUUUAGUAUCUUGUCAUAUUCUAGAUCUUAUAAAUAGUUAAUAUAUCUGAAUGUAACUUAAAUUUGCUGGGAGAUGCUAUUUUUUGAAGUUAAUUGCUAUUUUUGUAGACUUUGCUUGACUUUUUGGGUUGGGGAAAAACAUAAGAUGAUUGUUGGGGUUCUGUAGCUUAUAAAGAAAAUCUAUAUUUUUUAGUCAUAGUAAAUCUAUUUUGAUCAUUAUACCGGGGGAGGGGGGACUGUAAUAGGGUGGCUAUAAUUCUUGUAUUAGCUAUAUUAUGAAACAUGUUUCUCAUGUAAAUCUUUAUAAUCUUAUGGAAUAUUUGAUUUUAACAAUGGAAAUUGUUAUAACAAAGGAAGUUGGUUAUAAUACCAGCAGGUAUAAUACUGACAUUUUAAACUGUGCUUAUCCCUCCCUUCCCUUUUGUCUUGUACUUUUACAGUGAUAGCAGACUUGAAGCACUGAAUUUUCUGAAAAUCAAGAAUAUUUAAAUUAUGUAAUUUUGUUUUUACAUCUGUGUAAUUGAUCAAGCGUGAUUCUAGAUCUAGGUGAUUAGUAAUACCUUUUAAAUUAUUAAUUUGUUAUUUUGUUGUAUGGUUAAGAGAGAAAUAAUCAUAAGCAGAAUUUAUACAUCAAGCAUAUUUUUCCUAUCCUUUCAGCAGGCCCACUGUUCUUCAAAAUUAAGAUCUAUUUUGAGGAUUUUGGAAGUAUUCUAUUAUCUUCUGUACUUUUUGAAACCAUGUGUGGAUCAAAAAACAAAACAAAACACUUGUGCUGAAGAUCUGCUAUUUUCCUUCAGCACCUAAAAUGGAAAAAGCUAGUGUGUGCCUACAACACAACUAGAGAACUGUAUUGCACAAGCCUUAUAUUGAUCUUAAAAUCAAGACAUGUUCCCAUCAAAUCUGAUUCAAUCAUGCUACAAUCUCUCUUCAAGCUCUUGGGAAACUAAAUAAAAUUUAUUAUGAACAAUGUUAUUUUGGUGUUGCAUAAAUUCUACUUAAUAUAUGAUUGCUGUGCAAAAUUCUGUGAUUAUAUAUGUGAAAAGUAUUGUUUUUAGUAUGUACUGCAAAAAUUAUUUCUUGAUAAGUUGUGGUUUAAAAUUUGAAAUUUACAUUUCUCUGUCUUUGUCGAUAUAUAAUUUCUUCAGCUAAUUAUUUGAAGCAAUUUGUAUGUUUUUUCCCUAAUAUUCAAAUAGUCCUUCUUUAUAUGAGCAUCAGAAAGGGGAAAACUCGGUUUGAAGCAAGAUAUUAAAUAAAAAAGGCAUUUGUAUUUUAAUGUUUCAUUUAUUACAACAGGAACAUAACUGCUAAUAAGAAACAAUGCAGAACUCUGAAAACAAAAUAUUGUAAAUUUUGCCUUUUAAAUAGGAAAUUUUGGUUAUAGUUACUGCUACAUGUACCAAACAUUUUCAGAGAACACAGCAAAUGCCAAAUGUAUAUUUAUUGCUACACUUCUGUUAGCACAGACCUAACACCAUCUACAAAUUUAGCUCCUAUAUGUGUAAUGGAUGAUGGGUGUGGCCUUGAACUUUGCAAAGAUAGUCAUACUUUCCUCUCCCAAGCCAACAAAGGUUUUUUGAAUAUACUCAGAUAAUAAUUGACCAAACCAGAAAACUGUCUGUGCUUAUAUUGAGAGACAUGACAGUUUAAAAACCCUGAGCAGUUGUACUACAAUGUUAUAAUAUUAUUUUAAAAAGCACUAUCUUCCACUGAUAUACGAAAUGUCUAAAGAUUAAUCACCAAAAUCAAGAACAAAAAGUAACUCUUGCUCCUAAUCUUCUCCUUCCUUCUCAUUUUGAAGUCAAACUGACAUUUUAAUAACUGCAUUCACAUGUCGAACUUUACAUUGUUCUUCAUUUCUUUUUGUGCUCUGUGUGAAACCAAGGCACUGUUUAGAUUUGAUAGGACAGGAAGAAGAUUCAAGCUCCUAUUCUUCUAUGCCUUCUACUAAAAGUCCAGUCAACUGUCUAGCUACAGCUGCUAAUGAAAGACCUUCCCUAAGGAGUGACGUAUGCUAUAUGUGUUUCAUGAAGGGCUUGAUGUGCAGGCUCAUGACAUGCUGAUUCAAGGUAGGAAGAGAGUCUGAGUAGCCGAGAAGCAGCAGGAGAAGUCAACUUGUGAUCAGUUGUAGAAGGCUGAGGAGCAGGAUUUAUCUUGGUGAUUUACUUCACAUCAGCUUGACCUGGGAUUUGACAGCGCUUGUUGCAAAAUAUCUGAUUUUCUUUAUCUAGAGCUGUGUUCUAAAAUGUAAAUUUUUAGAAAAAGGUAAAUCACAUCACUGACAAGUGUUAUAUGUACAUGUAAUAGUAUUUUUAAAAAUGAUACAUGCAAAGUCUGAAGAAAAGGAAAAGUAACUUCUAAGAUCUUUUUCAAAGGUGUGAGGUUGUGGAUUGUUUGGAAAGUGGUUUCUCACAUGCACAGCAUUAAGAAGAAUUGCAUGCCCAGAUUGGGCAUGCUGCAGAUCCCAUCAGUCAAAGAAUGAUGACUAGCGGAAACUAGAAGACAGGUUUUUUUCUGCUGCAGGCUCUUUCUUAUGGAAUAUUCUCUUCUCAAAGAUUAGAAUGGCCCAAACCCUGUUGGCUUUUCACAAAGCUUUAAAAAUUUGGCUAUGUAUCGGGGCAGGGGCUUGGAAUGUGUGAAGGGUCCUGUUACUUGGCUAACUAUCAUGCCUACUGUUUCUACUUAUUUACUUUGUGGCUGUUUUUUAAAUUAAGUUUUUUUAAAAAAAUACUUUGUUUCAUAAUUUUAGACUUGUAAGCCACCUAGAGUCAAGUGAUUGAGUUGGGUAGCUUCAGAAAUUGAAUGAAUGAAUGAAUGAUAUGAUAUGAUAUGAUAUGAUAUGAUAUGAUAUGAAUGAAUCUCCCAAAAAGGCAUGGAUUUGGCCAUAUAGUCACCGUAUGUCAAGGUGAAUUUAAAGAGACAGGUAUUUAGAACAUUGUCACUUAGAAUAUAAAACUGUUAAAUGGAAAAUUUAUCCAUACAAUGAAUAAAUGAAAAAAAGAGUUAUGCAUUUGUGGAACUAAAACAAAUCCUCUUUGGUGACAUGAACAGGCAGAUGGAUGUAAAAUAAAAAGUGACUUGGCUAUUUGGAUAUCCAAGAAUGAAUGAGAAUUGAGACUUGUAGUACAUGCUUAUUAAAUAGUCUGUUCGUAUCAAAAACAUAAUUCACUUGUAUGUCUAUCCAUGUGGCAGAGGAAUAAAUAUAAAUUUAAAAGCAUGAUUAAUGUGAUUAUGAGGAAAGACUGAGAAUUAAUGAAGGAUAUACCCCAGAUAAGAAAUUCAGGAUGUGGGACAGACCAUUAUUUGCUACUUUCAUGGGCAAAAGCUAUGUGAAUUUCCACAUAAUGAAUCGAGAAUUGACAGAGGACAUGGAUAUUACUUUCAAUAGUGCAAGAAUUAGGACUACCACUGAAAGGUGUACAGUAAGGCAAUGGGAACAUGAAAAAAGUUACUUAGUGGAAAAAUGACAUGCAAAAGGAUGAAAAGCAAAUGCAUAUAAGAGAACAAUUGCUGAAAAAAUGAAAUUUCACUGUCAUAUAAUGAUUGUGUUAUAUAAUGUGUAUAUACAGAAAGAAAUAAAAGAUUAUGAUUAGAGUAACAAUAACAUAAAAACCAGAACAAUUUCAAAAGAAAGAAAAAAUUACUUUGGAAACGAGUGAAAAGGAUUAAACAGAAAGCCUUCGGAAGUAUGCUAUAAAUAGUUCAUUUUUUCCCAAGAAACGGAAGUUAUUAUAUAAACAAAUAGAAAAAGUUAAGGUUGCAGGUGUGGACAGUGUGGUUGUAUAAAUGUUAAAAUAUGGAUAUUUGUCUGUUCGGGAAAAGGUAUGAAUCUUUUAACAUACAUAUGCCAUAUGGUUUGAAGAAUGUGGUUAGUGUGAAGCCACAUAGUUGGUAAUGAAAUGCUUAUAAGUGAACAAGCACCAAGGACAGUAACACGAGCGAAUGGAAAAGCUACAAGGUACUGGCUUCUUAAGAUUUUGGUGGAAAUUCUGAGUGAAAGGGUUAAAUGUGAUGUGUCAAUGGGAGAAUGCAGUGCCUCUUUCUGCCAGUCACAAUAUGUGUAGACCAGAUAUUUUGUCCUUCAGAAAAUCAUUAUCAAUGUAUAGAUGUAAGAAGGAAAGUACAUUGUACAUAUGGUUGAUUUCAGGCAACUGUACAAUAGAAGUGAAUAGAUUUGGAUUAUGGAAUAUUUUAAGCAAGUAUUGUUGAGGUUUGGCUGCUGAAUGUGGGAUAUGAUGGAAUGAAGCAUGGAUGAGAAUAAAUGGAAUACUUACAGAAUGGCUCUGUAUUUUAGCAGACAAAUGAUAGCAAUAGCACUUAGACUUAUACAUUGCUCCAUAGUGCUUUACAGCAUCUCUGAACGGUUUGCAAUCUCAGCAUAUUACUCUCAACAAUCCUUAUUUUAUUGAAGGCUAAGUUAACCUUGAGCUGGUCAGGAUCAAACUCCAGGCUGUGGGCAGAAUUAGCCUGCAAUACUGCAUUCUAACCACUACACCACCAGGGCUCAGAUAGACACUGAUGGAAGAACUAUGAUAGUAAUAUUGAGAGUUGUUAGUUGGGAAUGUAAUAUGCACACACUUGUUAUGAAAAUGGUCCCAUGAUGUUGGCUAAGAAUUUGAAUGGUUUAUUGGAAAUUUUACAUAAGCCAUAAUAAUGCCAUAUAGAGUAUGAAGCCAAUAUACCAAAGUCCAAUAUAAAUUGUUUUUGUUGGAAAAAAUGGACCACACAAUUUAUAAGAUAUAAAUUAAUGGUAAAAAUUAUGAAUUUGUGUUGUUUAAUAAAAUCUUUGUUGCAAAUGGGGAAAUGUUGAAUGUGCAAGUGAUGCUAAAGAAGAUAAUAGGUAGUAUCCAAUAUGGAAGUAAUGAAUGCUUUUUGGAAGACACAAAAAUGAAUAGAUAGAAAAAUAUAUUUCUCUCCCUACUUUAUUAUGUGGAAGUGAAAGAUAAGAUACAAUUUUUCUAUCAUAAAAUUUAACCCCAUUAUAGGUCCUUCAAAUAAUAUAACAUUCAUGUUAUUACUCUGAUUUUUGUUUCUCAAUUGUUUCUCAACUGUGUUUGAUAUUUUUUGAAAAAUAAAAAUCUAAGAAUAGACUGUAACUAGUUUUAUAAUUGGAGUUAUAAACCCCUAAUAUGAAUUUAUUUUCUUUACAUUAAGUGAGCAUGUGACCGAAACGAGCACAUGGCAACAAAUUAAACUAAGCUUUUACAAAAAAUUAACUGAAGGAGAAAUUUUACUUCAUAAUGGUUCACUAGUAAUAAUAAUUUUCAUGGCAGAUGUAAGAUUUUAGGCUUUAUUUCAGAUGGAGAAAACAGCACUUGGCUGGUCAUAAUUACAUAUUUAGAAUAUUUUUUUCACGAUACACUUUUUGUAUGAGCAGUUCUAGAACCACAAUCUAGAAAAUAUUAAAAAUUCAAACACUGCUCAGGUAACAUACAUACAUUAAGCUAAGCAAUGCAGCACCCACUACUUUCUCACUAAUCUACAGAUUUUAAAAAUAUAAAAAAUAAAAUAUUUUGUGAGUUAACUCAUAAAUAAUGUCUAACGUAAAGGUAUUACUCUUUUUUUCUUUAAAAUUGGCACCAAGGAUGUUGUGUAAAAUAAUGAUUGUGGCCAAUGAUUGAGAAGAUUGCAGACAAAAGGUGUGAAUAUUCUAUCAAUUGUUUUGACCAGUCAGAUUGAGUUUGUGGUCAGUUGCUGGCUGCUUUAGGAAUAUGAUUACAGAAAUGCAAAUCCAUGAGUACAUGAUGAUAAUAGAAAGUGAUUAUCAUAAAUUAGCCAAGCAAAAGCUCUCAAGCAAUUUCAGAACUAUACCUGUGCUAUUGAGGAGGAGGAGGAGGAGGAGGAGGAGGAGGAGGA